UUGAGACUGAAUUGAACCGAAGGCUGCAGACGAACCGAACAGUGACAGGCCCUUUAUUCAACCGCUGUAUUUUCACUUUGUACCGGCUGUUUGUGUGUGUGAAGACCGGAGUCAUGGCUAACCGCUCUCUAUGGUCGCUCUGUCUGCUGCUGGCGCUGCUGCUGCCGCUGGAAGUCCUGUCUCAGGAUUUCAACCUGUCCGAUGCUUUGGAUGAUGACACCAGUAAACCAACGAUCCCUUCACCAAAGCUAGCAAAGCCAGCGGCACCAGCUGGAGGAGCAGGAGGAGAGUUUAAACUGGAGGAUUCACUGGAAAUCGAUGGCCCCACCACCAUUACAACCAAAGCCCCACCCAAGGUUGUUCCUAAAGUCCCCGCAGGUACCAAGGCCCCAGUGAAGCCCAAGCUAGCUGCUGAUGACUUUGACCUGGCUGAUGCCUUGGAGCCCAACAAUGACAUUGGUGGCAAGGAUAAGAACAAGGGGCAGGGAGGUGGAUUUUCUGACGAUGAUCUGUUAAAUGUUGGUAAAGACGAUACCUACAAACCUGACAGUGGCAAAGGUGGACGUCCAAGUGACGAUCAAAGGAACAAUUAUAACGACAACAAUGAGACCACAGCAGAAGUGGGCACCAUUGCAGGGAUUGUUAGUGCGGUUGCCAUGGCGCUGAUGGGUGCAAUCACCAGCUACAUCUCCUACCAGAAGAAGAAGCUGUGCUUCGGGAUACAACAGAGCCUGAAUACUGACAUGGUGAAGGCUGAGAACCCUGAGGCUGUGGUGGCUACAGAACCACAAGUCCAACAGACUCUCCUGGAGCCACCCAAUGCUGAACCUCCCACUGAAGAGAAUGCUGUGUAACGCACACACACACACACACACACACACACACACACACACACACACACACACACACACACACACACACACACACACACACACACACACACACACAGAGAGACACAGACACGCACACGCACACACACGACCAUGCUACAGGAUAGACUUUCUAUUGUGUAGCAUGUCCUGCAGCUCUGUGCUGUAAACAUUGGGAUUUGAAUGAGAACCCAGAUUUUUUUAAUCCUCUGCUGUAAACAUGGCCGACAGUGUAUCAAACCUUGCCAAAUGUAUGUGUAUAUAGUAAUUUAUUGUUUACUGUUUGAACACCACUAACAAUGUUAGUUUAAAGUUAUCCAGCCUUCAGCAUGUACUUAAAAAUAAUCAAAAAAAGCGGUUAAUCUUAUAAUACGUAGGAGAAAGAAACCCCUCUCGGCAUAUAUGGGUGUGUCGAGCUUCACAGGAAGUCAGUCACUGCUUACUGAGCUGGAUUCCAGGCGCAUUAGUUUAUUGAUGGAUUGAGACACUGAUUUGUUAGUGACUUGCAGCAUGAGUCUGGAGUGAACCAGGAAGCUCUGCGAGACAUGGCCAGUGUUUGUUCUUUUCUUUUUCUUUUUUUUGAUGAUUGAAAGUCGUGUUUCAGCAAUAUCUCAUUUCCUGACUUUGAAUAGAAUACAGCAUUUCCCCCUUUUGACACAUAACUGAUUAUUCGUCGCAAGUCAUAGAUAUAUAGAUGGCACAAUAACUUUGCUCUCCACAGAUGUGUAGAGAGUGAAUGACAAAACAUUUAACAAAUAUUCCCCAGAUUUCUAUUCAAAACCUCGUAGCAACCGAUUAUGUGAUAACGUGUAAAUUGUCGGACAAGGUAGUUAACAAUUUUCACAGUAGCAAGUGUUACUUCAUGGGGGAAGUGUUAAUGUUAAGCUAAGAGCAAAGCUCGCACUCAUAGAACUUAAGUUACAUCAUGUGAUAAUGAUUGUGACAAACAAUUCCCACAACAUGUGACUUUUUAAAUUUCAUUUAUUACAUUUUUAGUUUACUAUGUUAUUAUUACAUUAAUCCUUUUUAAAUGAAGUUUCCCAAGAUGUUUAAUUACAUUUUCGACCCACUUGGUACAUAUAUUGCCCUUUAAAUGGGCUCCACUAUUAGCUAAUAAAGUCCAUUAGUGGGACGUACCUCAUAGAACUGGACUUACUGCAGGUAGCUACUGUUUACAUCAUGUGACAGUAACAUCAUUAGUCGCUACACGCUGCUCCAUGUACACUCUCCUCGUCUUGUCUAUCUUGAUGUACAAAGUUGCCUUAAUCAGAUUUGGAUCUUUUUGCAGUGGGGGAAAAAUAAGGCGUCCUAACAGUUCUGUCUACUUACAACCUGUGACUUUUUAUAGUGUAAAUAGAUUGUUUUUUUAUUUUUAUUUUUAUUUUUUAACUAGCCUUUAAUGACAAUCCCUAAUGAAGGGAGCCUGGCUUGGUAUUCUAAAGUGGUGAUGGUGAAAUAAUUGUGAUGCUAAAGUUAAGGUAAAGAAGAAAAACUAAUUAAGUUCAGCGUUAGAUUCAAGAUCAAAAGGUAGAUUAAAGUUCACCAGACUUGUAGCAUGUAGCAUAAAAAUGAUGCUAGCUAAAUCAGUUCCACUGCAGUUAGAGCUUGAAAAUGCACAAUGUGUACUUCUCCUUCUCUGUCCAUUUGAAAAGGGAAUCUUCUUCGGUGGGAAGCUAUUUGAAAAAGAGAAAAACCUCAGCACUUUGUUCAGGCUGUGACGAGGCUCGUGGACAGGCAGAAAAUAUGUGAAAUGUGAAUUCUUUUUUUUUUAAAGUUUGUUGAAGAGACAAUUGCUACAUUCAGAAGCUAAUAUUGUUUGUACUAUGUUUUAUUGUGUUAGCAGUGUGGUGCCAAGUGUGUGCAGAAGAACUCUGAAUUUAUCUUUAUCCCAUGGUGGCCAUUUUGAAUUUACAUUUCUAAUAAAUUCUACGUCCAAGAUGAAUAUAGAAAAAGUAGAAUUACAUCAACACAAAAGAAAUAAGAGAUUUUUGAUACUGUAGACCAGACAGCCCAAGCAUAAAUAGAUAACGACAAUGAUAGAUAUGAAUUGUACCAAAACGAGAUGAGAUAAUACUCUUACUAUCUAUACUAUUAAAUCAUAACAUUAUUGAAUUAAUUUAAAAUUCAGUAAAGAAUCAAUUUAUUUCUGAAAUAUUUUUGGUUUGGAAUAUGUAAAAUCAGCUAAAAUUGCCCAAUUUAUUGCAAUUACAAUUAUUGCCUCGGUAUGCUUUAAACAAAAGUAUAAAGACAAAGGUGGUAAUAGCUGUUCUGAGCAGCGACACUGGAUGAAGGCUGCUGUUAUAACCGCAUCCCAAUGGCCAAUCACUGCUUAAAGUGGGCAUGAUUGACAGCCACCACCUCCCUGAUUCCUCCAUCUGAAAAAGGGGAGUCAAACGCGGUUAAAUUCUUAUUUUUGAAGCACACAGCAAGAAGCCUUCGGUAGACUUCAAAAUGGCCACAAUGCAACAAGAUUUGCGAGAGUGAAAAAGUGAGGUAUUUGCGAAAGAUGUCAGAGAAGAGUUUGAAUAAGUUGGCACAAAGACAAUAAUGGUUGCGAUGAUAUGCAUAAAAAAACCCCUAGAAGUCUGCUUUAGCUGUGUAGAUGAAGUUAGCAGCAGUAGUUAGCUUUAGAAUCUUGAAUAGCGUCAUAACGAGUGUUUUUGGAAGGUUGUGAUGGUUGUACAUAUUACUGUGAGCAGUUCUGUGUUUGUAUUAUUAGUGUGUAAGAGCAUAUUUAUGCUCCAUAUUUUACUCUUAAGUGUACGUGUGUUUACACUCUUCACCUGCUCUUUUUACACUUUGUAACCGACUUUCCUAAUAACUUAGCUUAACUUUUUGUAGAUAGUUACUGCUUCCUUGUUCUGUACUGCCAACUCUUUGUUGUUCGCCUAAAGAGGUCUCGUAAGUUCCUGAACGAGCUGUGAUGUGGGCUGCAUCUGAAACCAUUCACUGUUUUCUAUACUGUCUGAUAUUUAGCCGUUUUAUAGCACUACUCAGAAUCUCUGGUGAGAAUUAUUGAAUAAUUUAUUGUGACUUAUAGUGGACUUAAAUGAUCCCACCAUGUAACAUUGGGAACUAGAAGUGCACUUGGAAAUGGAAGACCUCCGCCAAGGCCAAAGGCCCUAUUUCGCAAUGUUAACCAAAGUGAAAAAUAAUCGUGUAUCCGCCCCUUGAUUCGGAUCCGCCCCAAAAUUGAAUGAGUACUUCCGUGGCCCGUGCUACACCCCUCCAGUUUCAUGGAAAACCAGCCGGUAGGUUUUCUGUAAUUCUGCCGAUAAUCAAGACAAACAAACCGAAAACAUGACCUCCUUGGCGGAGGUAAUAAGGCUGCGUUCAUGUCACGGGUGAUGGGAAAGAAUUACAACUUGGAAUGUUCACUUCAUUAGACAACAGAAGACGAUUGUAUGUUUCCAGUUGGUUGAGUGAGGGUGUUUGUUUCACUUGAAUGACGGACUUUGGCUGACGCGAGGCAUCUUUGUUUGAGUGCUUUUCCAAGUUGGAUACUUCCAAACUUUUCUGGAAGAACUUAUUCCCGGUCGCAAUUAUGACUUCUGUGCAUAAUUCUCCACAAUUAUAUAAUUUCAGCUACUGCUUGGACCCACGCAUGCCUUUUGAAACCUGCAUGGUGGCGAUUGGCAAUUGGCUCAAUGGUCUUUGGAACCCCUGAGCCAAUUAAACCACCUUUUAAAAAACACUACCAAGAAAACAGCCAAUGUUUUUAUAAAGAUGUUAAAAACAAGGACGCUAGGAGAAGCACAUGCGCGACAUGAACGUGGCAUAAGCAAUGAUUGGCAAUGACCUGAGUAGCGUCUGAUGGAAUAGAAUAUUUACACAGAGGUGAAUGCGUGAAGGAUGUUCGCUGAGGCAGUAUGUGUUGUAUGAGCUGUAAAUAGCGUUGGCGGUGUGUUCGAUAUCUGACAGGAUGCAGCACAGUCCUACAUGAAUGCCACACCCUGGUCUUCUCCAUGUUGCCUUGGAAAAGCAGACACUUCUACCCACAAUUCCUUUGUGUUGCUCCUUUUCGAAAAGUCCUUAAACACUACGAAAAUGCAAUCCAACAUUAUUGGAGCUGCAUUUGGAACUUGUGUCCGAGUGUUCAGGGACUAUGAAUGGUGGCUUAGGGAUACUCAAAUUGCCACGCCUGGGGGCCACUUUUGCAAAAUGACAGGAGGCACUCUAUGCACUCAUUAAAAGUACAGAAAAAAUGUCCCUAGUGUGAAUCUGACCCGCGGGCCGUAAAUUUAGUAUCGCUGGGUUGUAGGAACAAACUGUUUAACUGAUGUGUUCACCUUGUAAGAGUCAUGCAUGGAUGCCCUAUCAGCUGUAAUUCAAAUGGUGCUCCUCUCUUUGCCUUAUACCCUGCACAGUCUCACAGGGACGCGCCACAGUACUCAUCCAACACUUCCGUAGCUGCACCCUGAGCGAGAGCAACACCCACGGCCUUCAGCUCCUUUGGGUGGUUACCUUGAAAGGAUGGUUUCAGCACCCGGAGGACUGAAAGGUCUUUUUGUUUUUCAAGCUCAGGCUGCUGAGAGCUGAACCACACACAAAGCAAACACAAAAUAACAAAACCUUUCCGUUUACUGAAUGUAUUGAAUAUCUUAUUGUGAUAUAGCAAAAACCUUUGGCCUGGUAGCAAAAAUACAAAUUCACCAAAGACGUAGCAUUGAUUGAGAUUGACUUUGCCUUUAUGUAUUGGGAUUGAAUGAAAAAGGUUUUUGGAUUUGAAUCUGGGCUUGAAUCUUGCGUAACACACCGUGCAACAUUUUGAAUUGGUUUGACGGUUAGAUGAAACCGACGGAUUGGAGUGAAGAGUGGGGAGUAAUGGCCUGUACAAUGCUCACUUUGAAACACAAUGUGUGAAUGACUCAGUUAUUCUUGCCACUGUGGAUGUUGAUACUGCUUUAAGAUUCAGUGUGGACAAUUAUCCUUGAACACGUGCCAUGCUGCUGUUUGGAGCUGGUUACCAGACUGUACAGAACAGUGGGACACACACACACUAUAUGAUUAACAAUUGUUCAAUCUAAGCAGGUGUGUAUAACAUUUUGUCCACCCCCUGUAAAUAGUCAGGUGUUUGGAUAGCUGUAGACUGGUGGAGUGUUCUCUGCUUACAGUGGCAGAGCACAGAAAGAAUUAGGUUGAGGGAGCAUAUAGGUUUGUUUUACAAAGCGCGCUAAAAUAAUCAAGGCCGUCAUAACAAAGGGAGUUCGGCUCAACCUGAUGUACCCAAAUAUUUAGACAACGCACAACGACGUGAGAUAAUGUACAAGAGUUUGCUUCAAGGAGAACUCCUAAGUUACAUAAAAUAACAUCGCAUUAGGGCAGUCGCUUUGAAAAUCUUCAACUUUAAGAAAUUCAAACCAACAAAUUUAGUUUGAAUUAAUUUCAAUGAGAUAUCUUUUCUUUUAGACCUUAGUAUGGGUCAGGCAUUUAGGCCAUCGCCAUCUUGGUUUUUUGGAACCAGAAGUGUUUUUAGGGUUAGCGUUAACCCUUUUGGACGAGAGGGUCACCAGCUAACGUUAACGCUAGCUUGUUGAGCAAGGUGCAUCCGUAAUUCAUUUGAACUGUGCGAAACAAAACAAAAUGUACUUAAAAAACGAACAGCAGACUCCUUAGUGUGUCUUUAAUGCGGUGGGGGGGGGGGGGUAGCCACGCCCAAAGCAUACCCUGCUCUAUUGUCCAUUUUACUCUGCUGACCAUUUGAAGGAAUGCGGGUUUAAGGCACUUCCGCAUUGGCCUCACUUUUAAGACCCUGAGGUUGCCGCUUGGUCAAGCACCCAUAAUGCAACUCAAUAGCGUUAACACAUACAAUCAAUUAACGUAGCAACAUAAAUUGAAUCAUUGCAAACCUGCCUCCUAAAGCGAUUGUACAAACUAAGCCUGGAUUAUAUUGUUAGCUCGCUUUGUAAAGUGUCUAUAUGGUAUCAGCAUUUUAUUAUGACAGCUGUGCCCGAGUCUUGCUGCCACUCUGACUGUCCUCUCCCUGCAGUACACUCUAGUGCCUGUCACCGUGUCGUGCAAAGCCAGCCAAAAACCCAGUUUGAGAAAAACCAACAAAAGCCCAGCAAAGCUUUUGAUUAUUUGAUAUUUGAGGGCUGGCUUUGCAAGGCUACCUGUCACAUACAACACAUACACACCUACAGUACACUGCUCUCAUACACACUUUGAUGCAUGCUUUUCUCUACAUACUGUAAACACACUUACUUGUAGCUUACGAGUGUUGAACUUGUUUGUCUUCCUGACAACUGAAUGUUGGACAGUCUUCAUUGCUUGAAGUGUAAUAGUGAACUCUGCUUUCUCUUAUUCCACUAUGAUACGUCUCCGGCAACAUGUUACAGGAACUUGUUACUAAUAUGAACCAAUAAAAUAAACCAUUUAAAAAGA